CUAGGUCAACAAUGAAUGAGAGACUGCAAUAAAGAGUGGGAAGAAGAAGCCGUAGAGGCGGAGAAAAACAAAGGAGGAUGGAGGGAUAACAAAAAUAACAGAGAGAGAGAAUCAUUUCAAAGCUUGUUUUGUGUGUGUGAGAGAGAUUCGCCUGUUUUCUGAUGGGAGAGUGUGUGUUCAAACGGGACUGGACUGGACCGAGACGGGCUAUUACCUCGUUCUUUGCCAAACGCUUUUCAGGAAUAUAAAAUACAGGGUUGUAAUUCACUGAAAACAACAGAGCCAACAUUUAAAACAUUGACUUGACUAGGCCAUCUAUAUCAGUGUCUGUCAGAGGCAUGAAGACCGCAUCACGACUGCACUAUUGGCUAACGGCGGUGUACUCGGACAACCAGGACCUCAACUUGGGAUAAUGGAGACCGCUAAUCAGACAGCGGCUGGAGAAACGCUGGCUCCUCUCUGCACUGUGUGUUGCUGUGGCCUGAUCAACCGAACAUUAGCGGUAAUAUUCAUGGUCAGUCUGGCCUUCGCUAUUGUGGUGGGAAACGUGGUGACACUCACUGUUUUCAUGCAGACCCGGCAUUCCCGAACACCACAAGGAUACCUCAAAGUGUCGCUGGCCAUCGCAGACGUGAUAGUUGGAGUCUGGGUGGUGCCGUUUUCUGUAUACACCGAAAUCUCUCUCAUGGUGACCAGCGCCCCCCCGUCGUGGUACCAGGGGAUCUCAACCGGAUCUUGGCAACCCUGCAUGCUGAUUGGUCCAGUUUUUGCGGGAUGCACCUUUGUCUCGAUCAGUACCAUCUUUCUGAUGACGAUGGAGCGCAGCGUCGCGAUCCUCCGUCCGUUGCAUAAAGACACGCUUGUGACACGCCAUCGUAUCCUAUUCCUCAUCAUCCUGUCCUGGGCUGGCAGCUUUUUACUAGCCAUGUCUCCGCUCAUGCUGAGCAACAGCUUCACACUGGAGUACAACGAGUGCAGUCGGAUGUGCAACUACGCACCUUUACUGAUCAGAAAUCAGCUGCCUCCAGAUGCUAACAUCCUUCUGCUGUUCCCAGCCUUCGACUUCAGCUUAUUAGGAGGCACAUUAGCCGUGAACAUCCUAUCCUUUACUAGCAUCCGCCGCUAUUCCCGCAAACGCAAGCUGCUCUCCGAGGGAAGUCUUGGCCCGGAUACGGGAGCCGGUGGGUGUGCUCAUAGACCCUCGUUUUCUGAUAUCAAAGCCGCUAAAACCAUAGGGAUCCUCACCUUCGCCUUUACAGCCUCAUUCUCUCCUAUCGCAGUGUUCGUUCUGGGGAAUGUUGUGGGAUUCACCUGGUGCAACUUCUCCUUCUUGGCAUUUUGGAUUCUGACGGGCAAUAGUUGCUGCAAUGUGAUUAUUUACAGUGUGCGGGACCAUCGUUUUAGGAAAGGGCUGACCUUGCUCUUUCAGCGGGAUAGAGCGCAACCUCACUCAGAGAAAAGCUGAGGUCAUGGACACUGGAUGGCACUGACUUCACUUUCUGUACCUCUUUCCACAAAGCGCCGCACAUGACAAGCAGACGAAAAUAUAUAUCGAGGCCACGAAUUAAGAAUUCAUUCCUACUGCUUAUUAAAGGGUUAGCUCACCCAACGAUGACAAUUAGCCCAUGAUUUACUCGCCCUCGAAUCAUCCUAGGUGUAUAUGACAUUCUUCUUUCAGACGAACACAAUCAGAGUUAUAUUAAAAAAAUGUCCUGACUCUU